AUGUCAUUUGGCUUCCUAUGUCAAUUCUUUGCAGGCUGGCUCAUUUUACUCGGCGUAUUCGUCAAUGGACCCUACGCCCUGAUCACAACGGCCGUUUCUGCAGAUCUGGGCACUCACCCCACCCUCAGAAGCAGCGCGAAAGCCGUGGCAACAGUGACCGCGAUCAUAGACGGGACCGGCUCCAUGGGUAUCGUCGAGUUUUUUCCUCGAACCACCUUUUCCACAUUUUCAACUGCCUCACACCGACCGACCGACUUGUACGCAUCUCAAGCUCGGUCUACUCGAUGCCCUUCGGGCAUAGGCAUAGCGAGAGACAACAAAUAG